AUGCCACUAAGGCGGAACUGCUUCGUCGAGUUUAUGAGACUCGAGCCAAAGCGGGAUGAACGGGAAGACGCAAAGUGCCGAAUCUCAGCUCCAGUACAACACUGGUAUGAUGAAAAGGAGCUCAACUGCAUAGAAAGGGAAUAUGUCGCCAGCAUUUUACACGAUUACUGCGCCAAUACGGACGAUGCCAAUAGCUACUAUGUAGACAUACGGUCGAAAAUCAUACAGCUUUACAACCGGGACCCGGCAAGGCAUCUAACAUCAACGGACUGUAUACGCUGUAUAGAUGCCGACCCGUCCACCAUCGCAAAAGUCUACUGUGUUCUCAACUAUUGGGGACUCAUCAACCACGGCGCAUUGAGACACCUCUCUUCAGCGGAUGAAUACCUGCACCAAUUUAAAAGGGAAAUUGACACCAUAUCGCAUGCAUCUAGCGACGCAGACGUCGGCAUUGCUCGUAAAGAAGUUGACGGAGCUAGCAACGUAACACCAACGGAGAAUUAUUUGGAUUGCGUAGAUGCCAUCAAUGCGCCUUUCACGUUAGAAAGAAGUCUGAUGGAUCGAGAAAUCUCAAAGAAGCAUCUACCACAGCGUACAUGUCAAAGCUGCCGUUCUCCAUGUAAAUACAUGUAUUACAUGGUUGAAACUCCCGCCGAUGGUAUGUUUACGACGGUGAACUAG